AUGGCCGUCCUGUCGCUCCCGCUCACGUUCUCGAAUUCGUUCUGGUCGGAGGAUUACCGUAAAGGGUUGGAGGUCUUGUAUGCCGAGCUGGAGAAGGGGAUUGCGGAGAAUGCUGAAAUCGCCCAGUUCAUUCGCCGGCCGGACUACACGACUCAGUGGCAUCAACGUGCUGCCGCAGAGCUGACGAUUGGUGCAACUUUGAAGGCUGAUCCGCCUGCUGGUUCCGUGUUCGAAGAGGAUGAUGGCGCGUCGUUGUUGAUGGCCUUCAGGGGCAUACGUGAUGAGAGCGCGGCCCAGGGUACCCUUCACGAGAGUAUAGCGAAGGAGUUGCAGACCAGCGUGAUUGAGCCAUUCGAGAAGUGGGCGGCCAGUCACAAGGACCGCCUUCUCGCGAGCAAGGUGAACAUGCUCGAGGGCUACAUUCACAACUACGAAGUCGGUCUAGCUGAGGUUGCGAAACUCAAGAAUGACUACCUCAAUAAGACUCGUAAAGCGGACGAGGCCGAGGACGACGCUCGGUUCGCCCCUAUCACGCAUCCCGUCGGUGACCAGUACACCACGUCGCCCAGAUUGAAGCCUCUUGGCGCGAACCCUGUAGCUGUGCGCGCGCCACAGCGGCAAGCUACGAUCUCCGAGCGCAUCACCUCUCGCCUGAAGGAGUUCAGGCUGAAUGCGUCAACCGGUUCCCCUCAACCGCCUCCCAAGCCAGAAGUGCACUUCGAUGCGGAUGAGGAAGAGCAGCACACGCCGAAGGUUGAUAAAGGUAAGGGCCGCGCCAGCGACGUCGGCUCUGGAGUGAGCACGCCUCAACGCAUGCUGUCGCCCCCGCCACUCGACCCGCCGAUGCCCCCCGCCAAGGUGGCGCCGCCUCAGCUCGAGACGAACCCGGUGCCGCCGCCUCCGCUCCCCCCUUUGAACAUCGCAGGCGUGCUGAUGACGCCAGCUGAGGUCACCGCGAUGUUGAAGAAGGCAAAGGAACAGCUGCCCCUGCGUCCCGUGCGCUUCCCGCUGCUCGGCGAGUACCAAGACUGCUUCUCGGGCGAGGAGUUCGCGAGCUGGCUCAACGACAACGUCAAGGCGUUCAACGGCAACCUCGACCACGCCGAGGUCGCGGCGCGCGUCCUCACCGAGAAGCACAACCUGCUUCGCCGUCUCGGCGAGCUCGGGAACGACUUCGAGAACGCCGACGACGCGUACUACCAGUUCCGCCCGCGCGCGUUCAGCCUCGACGCCCCGCCCGCCGCCGCGAACAACGGCAAGCUCUCCGCGGGCACCCCAGCCCAGGUCCUGACCCCGAUCGAGCAGCGCUUGUCGCCGCUCGCGCAGAACGUCGUUAACCGGACCGGGGGCCUCGCUAGCCUCGUGUCGAAGGCGUUCGCAGGCAACGGCGAGCCGGCACACGUCCGUGCGCGCCGCGAGGCGGACAACGCGGACAAGGAGUACCGCGUCGCCGUGCGCAAGCUCGACCGGCAACGCCUGGGCCUCGAGGAGCGCAUCGAGGAGACGCUCAAGAUCCUGCAGAAGUGGGAGCUCGACCGGCUGCGCGCCGUCAAGACGGCGCUCACGCAGUACCAGGCGACGCUGGGCAAGCUCGCGGGCAACUACAAGAGCUCGAGCGAGAAGGUCGAGACGCUCGUCGCGGCGUACCAGCCUGAGCAGGACGUGAAGGUGCUGAUCGAGCGGUACCGCACGGGGCCGUUCCGGCCUGUCGCGCAGGUGUACGAGUCGAUCUCGCACGACGAGAGCGAUGUCGUGUUCGGGAUCGACUUGCGGCGGUGGGCGGACAGCGCGUAUUGGAACGUGGCUAAUCCUGCGGAGAGGAAGGAGGAGCUUCCGUCUGUGUUGCUCGCUCUCCUUGGUGCUCUCGAGGAGGCGUACGGCACGCUGCCCAACGAUGGCGAGAAGCGCAAGACGUGGAUUUACGAAGUCCCGCUCCCAGCCGUGCACCACCUCCGCGAGACCCUCAACGCUGUGCCGCCGGAGGAGGACAUCCCGCACGACUUGCUGCAGAAGUACGACGCGCCGGUGCUGGCGAGUGGUGUCAAGCUGUGGGCGCUCGAGCUCGACCCGCCGCUCUGCAUGUACGAGGGCUGGGACGAGCUGCGUAAGCUGUACCCCACUGUCGGCAGCAACAAGAACGAGCUCAAGCCAUCGGACGAGCAACAUAUUCAGGACGUCCAGAACGCGCUGCUCAAGCUGCCGAAGAUUCAUUUGUUCGUAUUGGACGCUCUCAUCAAGCACUUGAAGGAGUCGACGUCGGAGUCUGAGACCGAGUCGAACGAGGUGUAUGUCACCAAACUGGCAUUGAGCAUGGGUCGUACUAUCCUCCGGCCCAAGCAGGAGACACAGUACUCUAUCCAAGAUCGCCACCCUACCUUGCUCUUCAUGGAUCUGGUCAACAAGUACGAUGAAAUCUUGCCUCCUGCCAUCCUGAAAAAGAAGCGUGAAUCCGACCGGAAGGUUCCUGUCCGUCGCCGUACCCGUCCUGUCGACAUGCGCAUGUCUCGCUCGCGCAUCUCUGCCGGUGCAGACCUCAAGGAGCUCCAUGUCCAGCAGCUUCAGCAGCGCGGAAUCAAGGUCAACAAGAGUGCCGCUAGCGUCACGUCAGCCUCACCGCCUCCCUCCUCUACGGGCUCCCACCCUGUCUUACCACGUGUACCUGAGAGCCCGGCGCAUUUUGUUGACGAACCUCAGGGCAUCCAUGACGAGCCUCUGAGCAUCCACGAUGAGCCACAAUCCAUCAAUGCGGAGCCUGAGGAGCUUCCAUCCAUCCCGCCCCCGCCUCCGCCUCAGCCCGGCGACAUCGUCUUGGAUGACGCCAGAACCCCUCCCGACUUCAGCAGCAUCCCCCCACCUCCGCCGCUGCCCAAGAACAUCCCUCCCCCGCCUCCGCUCCCCACCCAAAGCGCGACGCCCCCUCCCCCGCCCCCAGGCGUCCCGACGUUCAAGGAGCCCCCUCCGGAGACCGACGACCUCCCGCCCCGCCCCCAGUUCAAGGAGCCCCCGCCCGAGCCGGAGUCUCCCCCGCCCGCGCGCCCCGCACACUUCGCCGAGCCGCCCGCCUCGCCCACGCUCGCCCCCGCGCCCCGCGCAGUCCCCGCCGCGCUCAGCCGCUCCGUCUCGCCCCGCAUCACGACGCCCACGGGCUCGCGCAGCCCGUCGCCCACGAAGAGCGUGACGCCCACGAGCGCGUCCGGCCCCGGGUCCGCGUCGGGGAUCGUGCGCGGCCCGCGCCUCACGCGCGGGCCCCGCCCGUCGAACGCGAGCGGGACCGGGACGGCGAGCGCGAUGCACCGCCAGAGCCUCGCCGGGCGCCCGGGGUCGCCCGGGUCGCCGCCGGGCAGCGGCCAGGGCGUGUUCCCCGCGGGCAACGGGCAGAACGGUGGUGGCGGGGCGGGUCUGCGGAGGGCGGGCUCGGGGACGCGGUCGGUGAACGUGAACAAGCGGAGCAGCAUCAGCAGGGUGUCGGAGCUCUCGCGGAGGACGAUGGCGAGCGACGCGGAGGAUGAGAUCAUUCAGUGA